CAUUGACGAACUUAGGGUAGUGCUGAGAGAAGGCACAAAGAGACUAUGACCGAGGAAGACCGGACGAAUCCGCCUAAUUACGUCGCCGGCGAAGAACCCUCCUCUGCUUUGGCAUACCUGGACCCUCAUUACUGGAAUGAAAGGUUUGCUCAUGAGGAGCAUUAUGAAUGGUUCAAAGACUAUUCCCAUUUCCGUCAUCUUAUUAAGCAGAAUAUUAAACCCAACUCAUCAGUGUUGGAGUUGGGAUGUGGUAAUUCACAGUUAUCUGAAGAAAUAUAUAAAGAAGGAGCUACUAAUAUAACUUGUAUAGAUUUGUCUUCUGUUGCUGUGGAGAAGAUGAAGAGCAGGCUACUGUCUAAUGGAGGCUACAAAGAAAUUAAGGUUAUGGAGGCCGACAUGCUUGAUCUACCAUUUAGUGACGAGUCAUUUGAUGUUGUUAUAGAGAAAGGAACCAUGGAUGUAUUAUUCGUGGACAGUGGCGACCCAUGGAAUCCACGACCAGCAACUGUAAAGAAGGUAAUGGAAAUGCUUCGAGGCAUUCAUAGAGUUCUCAAACCAGAUGGAAUUUUCAUCUCGAUCACUUUUGGCCAGCCCCAUUUUAGGCGUCCUUUGUUUAAUGCUCGCGAAUUCACAUGGUCUAUUGAUUUUGAGACAUUUGGAGAUGGAUUCCAUUAUUUCUUUUACAUCUUGAAGAAGGGGCAGAGAUCAAAUGAUAGUGAAGGAUCUCUUGAGGAGACUGCAGAAAAACCAACCAUUUCUCUAUUUCAGGAUGAGAUGGAAGAUGAAGACUAUAUUUUCAGAACAAACAUAGAUGAUUUGGACGAUUAAAACUAAUUGUGUGCCCAUUUCUGUCAUUUGAAUUUUAGUUCAUUUUCUUGGACACAAAUGACUUCAAUUUUAGUGGUCAAGUUGGGUUGGUGUAGCCCUUUAGUUCUCAAGCUUAAGGCGGUGUUUAAUAUUUUUUUUUGUGAUAAUUGAAUAGUUUGUUUUCUUCUACAUAGCCUCUAUUCCUUCUAUGACAAUUGCUCGAUUUAGUGCAUUUUUUCCAAUUCU